AUAAAUUAAUAAAUUUAAUACUUGAGUUUUGUUAUUUUAUGACAAUGAUUGUUUGGUAUUUUAUAUUUGUGUUAAUUUAGGUAAUUCUAAUCUUUCAUUUCUUUCACUUUUUAAUGUUAAGGUUAUAGUUUAAAUCAAGUACUGGGCUACUGGGCUCUGUUCGUUAUUCAAUUUUUGGAAUUAAGAUUUUCCUCUAUAACUAGAAAGUUAAAUAAGAAUAUUUGGGCUAGAAAAAUGAAGAAUAUAUACACACAAGUAUGAAAUAUAAGGAUAAGGAUACAAAAUUUACAGCUUAUUAUUGUGUUUCAAAAAAUCUGGUAUUAAACUAUUUAUAAUUCAAAUAGAUUAUGGAUGUUGCACUUUUUAGGUUGAUACCAAUGUAUUUUUGUUAAAAAAUUAAAGGCUUGAUCUUAGGAAAGAUUACUAGUUAAACAGCGUAACCCCAUUACUAAUAAAGAAAAAAUUAUAUAUAAACCUAUGUUAAGCAAUUUUAGAGAAACAUAAAUAGAGAUUGUUGUCAUUAAUGUCUUCGGAAUGAAGAUCACAUAGCUCAUUAUAAAGAUUAAAAGAAUUUAUACAUAUUUAUUAAGUUUUUUCAUAUAUUUGAGAAAGAUAGUGAAGUCAAAAUUAAAUUUGAUGGUUGGAGAAAUAAAUAAACUUUUCAUUUUUAUAAAAAUAAGGAUUGAAAAAAUUUAGAGAAGUUGUU